AUGGAGAAACCAUCUCAUCCCAAAGAUAAUAAGCUUCCCGUCCCUCAACAGAAUGAUCAAGGGUUUAUGCCACCAAGUGCGAGUCCUAAUUUCGGAUCAUAUCAUUCUCCAUAUGUAAUGAAUUAUGGUAAUGAUAACAGCAUUAAUAAAUACUCCAUUCCAUCUGCGAAUGGAGGAAGCUUACAUAAUUAUUUUGGCAGGAGUCCUCCAACAUUUCUAAUGAGUGGUGGAAUGACACCUCUCCAGUCUUUGCUUAACAGUCAGCAUCGAAUUGAGUCUCCCCAAUUUGUGCAAGGCACUUCUCCCAAUUUUGGAAGAACCCACUAUCAAGAUCUAAUGGCUGAUGUGAACGAUAUUAGAAAUGAUUGUAGGAGUGAAGGCAGAAGCUCAGUAAUGAGUUCGCUCAGUGAAGCAAGUAUAGGAGAUCUAGAGGAGACUAAGCCAAAGGAAAGCCUUAAAAAUCCUAACCCUCCUACCAUAUUAUAAAUAAGAAUGCAGAUUCUAUCUCUCAUAAAGAUAUGACAAUGGAGAAUGUACAUCCCGCCAAAGCAAGUCAAGUCUUUGAAGAUAUCUCGAUUCAGCCUAAUUCUAUUGAUAACCAGGCCAAGCCAGUUAUUGAAAAGCCUCAGAUUGCAGAAGAACUAGAGAAGGAGAAGAAAGUUAAGUUUGAAGAAGUUAAGCAAGCUGAAGAGAGUAAGGAACCACCUGCACAAUUGCCCAAGCCAAGGAAGAAGAGAAAGAAAUUAGAGAAAAAGAAGAGAAGUAAAUCGUGGGAUGAAGAAGCAGCGAAGCAAGAGCAAAAGAGAAGAGAAAAUCUUGAAAAGAAAAAGGGGAGUCUUGCAGUAAGAAAGGAUGUAGUAAAUAAGACUUUAUUGAGAUCAAUAAAGCGUCUGAUUGGAUUAAAAUUCGAAGAGCAAUCAAAAAUAAAAGAACUAAAUUCUAAACAACAAAAAGACAAAUUUCUCCAACUUAUUGAAGGGUUCAUCAGCCACUACUUCCCUUGCUACACCCAAGUAAUCACUGUCGAGGACAAUCCGAACGAAGAAGACUCUAAGCUAUCUCAGAACGGAAUAAAAUUCAUUGUCGGUCUCUUAGUCAACCCCAAACUUCUAAAAUCGCAUUUCAAGUCUGUAAAAGAGCGUACUUUCUUCUACCUAUUCCAGAACUUACUUCGGAAGUACUCUCACAGGAAGUUACUGAGACUGAUGUCGAACCAGAACUUCAUAUUCGUGGUGGCUUCUCUGAGGGAGAACGGAGGUUUAGAAGAGAUCAUUGAGAGUGACCAGACUUGUAAUAGGAACAAGCAAGCUUAUUAUGAAGCAGCUAAUAAUUUUAUUAAUAGGGUGUUGUAGAAGAA